GAUCGGGAUCGAGAUCAGGAUCAGGAGGAGACUGAGCCGCCCGCGCUGAGCACGGGGAGGCCGGAGCCGCACCCGCACCGCCGGGCCCUGGACGCAGCCAGUGCGGACGCCGGGCAGGCCGCGGACGCACCAUGAAGGGUAGCCGGAUCGAGCUGGGAGAUGUGACGCCACACAACAUUAAACAGCUGAAGAGGCUAAACCAGGUCAUUUUUCCUGUCAGCUACAAUGACAAGUUCUACAAGGAUGUACUGGAGGUUGGCGAACUUGCCAAACUAGCCUAUUUCAAUGAUAUUGCAGUGGGAGCAGUGUGCUGUAGGGUGGAUCACUCCCAGAACCAGAAGAGACUGUACAUUAUGACACUUGGAUGCCUGGCACCCUACCGAAGGCUAGGAAUAGGAACUAAAAUGCUGAAUCAUGUCUUAAACAUCUGUGAAAAAGAUGGCACUUUUGACAACAUCUAUCUGCAUGUCCAGAUCAGCAACGAAUCUGCAAUUGACUUCUACAGAAAGUUUGGCUUUGAGAUCAUUGAGACGAAGAAGAACUACUACAAGAGGAUAGAGCCUGCAGAUGCUCACGUGCUGCAGAAAAACCUCAAAGCCCCUUGUCUUGGCCAGAAUGCAGAUGUGCAAAAGACCGACAACUGAACAAAACCCCAGUGGACACUUUCUUGCACUUGCUUGUCGCCAAAUAAGGAAAGAGAGGCCUCUUUUUUUUUUUUU